GCAACACAAAAAUCCCAAGUUAAAGGGACAAAGGAAGCCACUACUCUCCUGCAAUGGAAACCAAUGCUGCUGAACCAACUAGCAAUCGCUUGUACGAGGAUUUUGAACCUUACUGCAAAUGGCUUACAAAGGAAGAAGGACAAGUGACUCUUGAGAUUUAUUUGAAGGGUUUCAAAAAAGAGCAACUUAAGGUUCAAACAGACAACGUGGGGGUCCUAACAAUUUAUGGAGAAAGGCUUGUGGAUGCAGCUAGCAAUAAAUGGAGCCGUUUUCACAAAGAAAUUAAGAUUUCAAAAGGCUGUGAUGUUAAUGCAAUUCGUGCAAAGUUUUCUCAUGGGGUUCUUUCUAUUGCAAUGCCUAAAGAAGCAGUUGUGGAGAAGCAUUUCAUUUAUGGGGUAGGAUCAAGAAAGAGAACAGCUAUUAAGGUUGCAUUUGGGGUGGUGGUGGUGGUGGCUCUUGGGACUUGUAUAGCUCGAUUAGUAAAGUUGAUGUUGUGA